UAAAGUUUAAAAUGUGAAAAAAGUAUAUAAAGGAAGAUAAGAUGUGUGUUUUUACUACAAAUCGUUACAAGUUCGAUAAGAAAAUAGUCUGCAAUUGUUGUAGAUGACGCCACUAUAUAUCGAAAACGUUUCUUCAUAAAUCUCUAGGCUAUUGCAACGUCCCGGAUUAGCGUGGUGUCAGAAGAUUCUAUUUGCCGAUAUUAGCUUUACGUAUCAUUAUGGAAUUUCCGGCAAAGUCGAAUGUAAAACACUGGAUACAGACGUUAAAUGAUAUAAGAGAAUAUAAAGAGUACAUUAAAGCAGGAUCAUUAGAAAUAGAUGGUGAAACUUUAACAAUAUCAAAACUCUAUGCAAUGACCUUCAAACCUAGUUUUGAAUGUUCAAUUACGGAGAAGUGCUGUGAUAAAAUGAAAAAGAAUUAUGAGUUUUUCACUGAUUUAUUAAAAUCUGGAAAAGUUGUCUACGGUGCAAAUACCGGUUAUGGUGGUAGUGCUAAUGUUCGAUACGAGAGCGUUGCUAAAGUUCAGGAAUAUUUGGUUAGUCAUCUGAAAGCUGGUUUUGGUAGAAAAGCGCCUACAGAAUUGAUUCGAGGUGUUAUGGUUCAAAGGGCUAAUAGUCUUUCUAAGGCACGUUCUGCUGUCCGCGAAGAGGUUCCGUUACUAUUAUUAGAAAUGGUACGCAAAGACAUCGUUCCUAUAGUUCCUCUCAGAGGAACUGUUUCCGCAAGCGGAGAUUUAAUGCCAAGUUCAUAUAUUGCUGCUGCAAUGAUGAAUAUGAAAGGAUCAAGAGUUCUACACAAAGGUGUUGAAAUGGAGGCCAGCGAAGCAUUCCAGUUAGCUUCUGUUAAACCUGUAGAGUUCCACGCGAAAGAAGCUUUGGCUGUUGUUAAUUCAUCUUCAUUUGCCGCUUCAUUAGGCAGUUGCAUGUUGUUCGAAGCCAACGUUUGUGCCAUACUUGUACAAAUAUGCACAGCAUUAAUAGCCGAAUCUUUGGAAGGUCAUUUAGAAUCUUUCCACUCACUUUUGCAUGAAUCAAUGCCUCAUCCUGGCCAAUUGGAGUGUGCUGCUAAUUUAUCAUCACUUCUGAAUAAUUCUAAAAUGUCAAUAACUGAUCUAGAAAUGAGAAGGGAGGAUUCCAAAGGACUUAAGCAGGAUCGUUAUGCUUUAAGAACAUCACCGCAGUGGGUAGCACCAGUACUAGAUACACUAUUAAGAUCAAGAGAAAAACUGGAAAUAGAACUAAAUAGUUCAAACGACAAUCCUUUAAUUGAUGACGAAAGAGGUGUUGUAAUUCACGGUGGAAACUUUCAAGGAAUAUCUGUAUCUAUGGGUUUGGAUCACGCACGACAAGCAAUUCAAUUGUGUGGAAAAUUGCUACACGGUCAAUUUCAAGAACUCGUGAAUGGUUCAAUGAAUGGCAAUCUUACCCCAAAUUUAUGUGGUUCGGAUUAUAAUGUAGAUAUGGGAUUCAAGGGUUGCGAUACUGCAAUGGCAGCGUAUUGCUCUGAACUUGACGGCUUAGCAAAUCCAGUUACAAAUCAUGUAUUGAGUGCCGAACUCCAUAAUCAAGCCAUUAACUCAAUGGGAUUUUUGUCGGCUCGAAAACUUGAAGAAUCAAUAGAAGUUCUAAAACAAAUGAUUGUACAGAGCCUAGUAGCAACCUGUCAGGCAAUUGACUUGAGAUAUCUUAAAAAUUAUGCUGAGGCCAUCAUUAAGACAAUUUUAAAUGAGCACAAACUAAACGAAAAGACAUUCUACAGAGUAUGCCCUUGGUGGGUGUUGGUUUUUUCACCUCCAGAAGCUGAAGUGAGACUGAAAGAGAUAUCUCCUUUCAUGAAUGGCCUAAGAUUUAAAGACUUUUUAAGUGAGUUUGAAGAAGUGGCUAAGCCCGUUUUGGAGAGUAUAAAAAAUGGAACACUUGUUGAUCGAAUAUCCGAUGAAUUAGGAUAUGGUACAAAAAAGGUUUAUCGAUUUCUUCGUCAAGAACUUAAUAUUAAAUUUAAUAUAGGAGCAAAUAGUCUUGAUAAAGAUAUGGAAAAAGUUCUUUCUUGUAUCAAUUCUCAAAAAAUACUCGACCUACUCCAAGAAAUUGAGUUAUACAGUUAACAAAAACACAUUCUAAUUGUUUCCAAAGUAAUUACAAAAACAAUUAUAUUAUUAAUUAUAAUUGCCUUAGUUUAAAUUCAUAAACUGGUUCUUGCAAGAUUUUGAUAGAAGUAUUUUUCUCAGGUCAAACGAUUUCUUAAUAUUUCCUGUCACUCGCAAUAUUUUAUUUUGCUAUAUUUAUAUUAAAAUUAUCGUAUUGGAUUAUUUACUUUUUGUCUGAAUGAAGCUCAAAACUCAUUUUAUGUUUUUGCUGUAUAUCCAUUUUGAAAUUUUAAAAGAUGAAUUACUUUUACUUUGGAGAUACUUAAUGAAAAU